UUUAGCACGUUCACGUGAAAUAAUUUAGAUCGGACAAAUUACGGCGAUAUUGGCUGUAUUAGAGAUAACUAAACACGUGUUUAGUGUCAAACGUAAGCUUGAAGCUCGCAUAACCUCCAUGCGAGGCAGGCUUACGCGGUCGCAGGAAGUACCCGCCCUUUUGGAGGAGCCGCCAUGUUGUCCGUGCCUUCCGCUCGGCGAAGCACGAAGCGGAGGGGUAAAGGCAAACGAGAUUAGCAGUCUGCUGAUAAUUCGGUGCGUAUUUUCGCGGACGUGAGGACCGGUCGUAUCGUCACUCAAGCCGCCUGUCAAGACACCCCAAGAGCGACACGCGAUGUCUGACCCUACGGGUGAUCAUGUAGAUGCGUUGGAAGAGGAAUUGGAGUCCAAUUAUAAGCCUCCGCCGGAGAAGAGUAUCGAGCAGAUUCUGGAGGCGGACAAGGAGGAUGAAAGUUUGCGCAAAUAUAAGGAGACGCUUCUGGGAGAAGCGAAGUCUGGUGGUAUCGUAGUGGACCCUGAUGAUCCUAGAAAAGUAAUAGUAAAAAAAUUGGCACUGUGUGUCGCCGAUCGACCAGAUAUGGAGUUAGACUUGACUGGUGAUUUAGCACAAUUGAAAAAACAGAUAUUUGUCAUCAAGGAAGGUGUAAGCUACAAAAUCAGAAUUGAUUUUAUCGUACAGCGUGAGAUUGUGCAUGGAUUGAAAUAUGUUCAGAAGACAUAUCGUCUUGGUAUGCCUGGAGUAACGGUUGACAAGAUGACACAUAUGGUAGGCUCGUAUCCCCCUAAAACAGAACUUCAAUCUUAUAUCACUCCACCUGAGGAUGCGCCAUCCGGCGUUGUAGCGCGAGGGUCUUACAGCGUCAGUUCUCUUUUCACAGACGAUGACAAACACGAACAUCUCAAGUGGGAAUGGGCGUUCGAAAUUAAGAAGGAUUGGAAAGAAUAAGUCGUCUUUUAUUCUGUUUGGAUACAAAUAAGAGGAAGACGAUAAUCUACAAUUCCUAGCCUUAUACACUUUGCAAAUAAUAAUAAGAACAUGAAAUGCCAAAACAUAUUUGGAUGAAUGAUUUAUAAUAUUCUUUAGUUGCGGUUUCGGCGUUGCCAUAAAAAUUAAUAAGAUAUUUUAAGUAACAAAAGAAAGAGAAAGAAUAUAAUCAAUAUUUAUUAAGCGUUUUCUUUGUAAUUGAUUGAAUAUUCAAUCGUAAAAAGUAGUACUCAAGAAUUGCAAAGUAUACGUACACAUAAUCUUUAGUCACUAGAAAAGCAGACACCAGUAGUAAUGAUUUAAUGAUUUAAGCGACGCACGACAACCAGUGUUUCCAGGAAUGAUGAGUAUUAGAUGCAUGAGUGAAAUUUAUAGUGAAUGUUAAAGCCAACAAUUGAGCCACUAUAUAUGUAUAAUACUAAUUAAGAGUAAAGAAAAUGCUCUAAAAUAUUUAGAUAAAAUAUUUGUACAUGAUUUUCGGACGACGAUCAGAAUUUGCUUGAUUAUAAAUUUAUAUAUUUAACAUCCUAUAUAUAGUGUUAUAUA